CCGUUGAUUCGGGCUAUGUCAGCACCAAUACGUACUUUAGAUGAAAAUUCGAAAAAUAUUUUUGCAAAUAAACGUAAACCAAGACGUCGAAAAAUUUUAACACGUACCCAAACAACUUGUGUUAAUGAUAAUGAUCAAGAUGAUAAUAAAUUAAUUGAAUCGACUGAUAAUUAUGAUGAAAAUGAUGAAAAUUUUAAUGGAAAAAAUCGUAAUCGUAAAAAUACAUCAUCGAAAAAUACAUUAACAAGAUCAAGAUCAACAAUUGGAAUUGAUGUUGUUACAUUAGUAUCAUUAAUAAGUUCUGAAGAAAGUGAUUCAGAAAAAGAAGAUAUUUUAAGUCCAAUAAUUGGUUCACCUGCUAAAAGAGCGCCACCAUUACGGAAAUCUGGUAAAUCAGUAUCUUUUCAAGAAAAUCAAGGACCAAAUACAACAACAAGAGAAUAUAAUCAUAUGUUAAGACGUGGCUCUAUUGCUCCAUUAGCAGCAAAAUUAAGAUCAAAUCGACCACCAACAGCGCCACCUGUAUCAAUAUUUAUGUCAGAUAUAGAACAAAGUACACCAAAAAUGGAUGAAAAAUCAAAAAGUUGUAUAAAAGAUGAUGAUCUAACAUCAAAUCAUUUAUCUGAUGAAUCAAAAGAAAAUUCAUGUAUUAAUAAAAAUACUGAUGAAGAAACUUAUCAAUAUCCAGAAUUUGUAAAAUCAUUAAAGGAACGUGAAUGUUGGAAAUUAUUUCAAACAAUGACUAAUAAAGGUGUUGCUGUCUCAUAUGAAACUGUAUUAAGAGGAUUAUUAACACCAACUGAAUUAAGGCAAUUAUUAGCAAAAAGAAAAGAAAUUGAAAUGGCACAACUUAGAGCACAAGAAAUUGAAACUGCUGAUUGUUGUUCUCUUACUAUUGUUCCACAGCAAGCUUUUCAUGUAAAAUGUGUUAGUAUGGUUUUAAAUUUACUCAGAGUAUUACCAACUCGCAAAGUUUAG